AUGUCGAGCAACGCGCAGCGCUUACUCCAGCUGGCUUUGCCACUCGUGAGAGACCACGGCUUCUCAAAAGAAGUUCUGUCGUACUCCGUACUGUCACUGCCUGAACCACCCUCUGCACCACUGAACGAUGCCGCUGUGAAUGCACUCUUCGGCAAGGGUGACAAUGCCCGGAGAACGCUCAUAAACGCCUGGCUUGAGGAAGGACGAGUCCAGAUGCGUUCCCAGAACACAAAGUCUGUCGGUGAAGUACUUGCAGCACGACUGAGAUAUAACGAGCCCGUGCUGCCUCUGCUUCCAGAGGUAUUCGCGUUGCUUGCCUCUCCACGGUCCGGCCUUCCACCCUUGGAUGCCCGACCGGCUCUCCAGCAUGCCACGAGCAUCGCGAAUGAGGCCUGUCAGGUGGUCGGCGACGCAUCUAUCGGAUAUGAUUGGUAUACGCGAAGGGCAUCUCUAGCGGCAGUUUAUGCUGCAGCAGAACUCCAUCAACUGUCCUCCCCCGAGACAGCGCCAGCAUUCUUGCACUCAUUACUCACGACGUCGGCAUCUGUGGAACAUGCGGUAUCUGAGGUAGAAUUAUACGCGGACUAUAUUUUGAAGAGUUGGAAGGGUAUUAUACGGAGUUCGGGUGUAUUCUAA